AUCAUUAGUGGUGACGUGGAAUACCAGGAAAUGAUAAUUGGGGAAGUGAUGUGUUGGCAUUUUAGGGAGAAUUUGGUGCAAAAUACAGCAACUCGUGUGUGGACUGCAGACAGGCAGCCUGAGAAUGCAGAGAUAUCUUGAAUAAGCAACAAUAUUUCGACUUACUGAGUAGGUGAGGAUGGGGAGGAAGGAUGCAAGCGCUACAAUGGCCCCGGUCGAUCAGUACCGUAAACAGAUCGGUAAACAAGACUACAAGAAGACCAA